GUUGUUCUGUUGUUCUUCUCACUGCCCGUCGACUUUUUGGCUCCCCCCUUUUCUCGGUGCGGAUGUCCAGUGUCGAUGUUGCCAGUGCAAGAUGGCCUCACUCGGAAGAUCCUCAAGUCGAUCUACGAGUACAGGGGACUCGAGAACAACCAAGUUUCGUGGUCUUGAAAUAAGCGAUUGGUGAGGAACUUCGCCUCGCCACCAUCCUUCCCGGUUUCUCCUCAUGAUGUAAGGUAACAAUCGUGCCAUGUCUUAACUGGCCUAGACGUCACUUCGGUUUCAGUUUCAGUGGCAAAGAUAAUCAGUGCUUGCUUCUCUUCCUUCUGUGCACUGUUCACCGUCAGGCGCUGCAUCGUAAAACCAUAAGAAUGCGAUCAACGCGAUGAGUGCAACCACUUUGAAUCCCUACAUCAGCAAUGGAACGUGCUAUACCGCGGCUGGGGACAAAUUGGGUGACGAGUUUGUCCCAUGCGGCAACGACGCUUUUGGACAUCAAACCUGCUGCGGAGCGGGAGACAACUGUCUAGCUGACAACGCUUGCUUCGGUGUCCACGGUUCUGGCUAUGGUAGCUAUCUGACAUAUUGGGCUGGGUGUACCGAUCCAAACUACGAAGACGCGAGUUGUCCCAAGAAAAAAGGCGACCAGCCGUGGGUUGCUUUGACACUUUGCGACGACAGCGAUGGUGAAUGGGCUAUCUGCUCGCAAUCCGGGAACCCGUCGACACUGCAAGCAGGCGCGUAUUGUAGUUGCACCAAUGCAGCUUCAGCUACUGUGGCAUUUAGCGACUCAAACACCCUUACCAGUGUUUGCUCGCUGCCGACCAGCACCGGCCAGAGCAUACAGUUUUUCGUCGGCCAUUUUCCUAGUUCUGUCUUAACCACUGGGUCGGCGGCCGCUUCACAGACCUCUACUCCUACCAGUACUGGUGCAGGUGGAAGCUCCUCUGGUGCAGCAAACUCAGCGACCGCUACUUCCGGCCCGACUUCCACGAAAGCGACGGCCACAGCAGCUGCCACUACCUUUGUCACAGUCUUCACAUCAAGUGCCACAACAUUUACAUCGACUACUGCCCCUUCGACGACAACCUUCACAUCGAACGGUCUAACAUUUACAUCAACUACUGCCCCUUCGACGACGGUCAUUACUUCCGGCGCCAGAACCGUCACAUCGUCCUUUGUGACUUCGACGACCCCUUCAGCCGCUGCAGCAGGCGGCACUACUGGCGGCAGCUCUCAUUCAGGGCUCAGCUCAGGUGCGAAAAUUGGCAUUGGGGUUGGCGCAAGUCUCGGCGCCGUGAUGCUUCUCGCACUACUUUUAGCUCUCUUUCUACGACGCCGAAAACGUCGAAGGCCAUCACAAUCAAAGAUGGAGAGCGACGGCUACGACCAUGGAGCAGUCGUCGGCGCAGGGACGGAGAAGCCACCAGCGCCGCGUCCAUCCGAGGACCCUCCAACAUACGAUGCCAACGGGCAAGUGAUGCAAGAGGCUGACGGGCGAGCUGCCAUGCCUUGGACUCUACGGAGUGAACUCGAGGGCAGCCAGCCCGCAAGGAAAGGAGAAUCUGUUCCGAUCGCCGAAUUACCGGGAAGUGAGAACUACGCGGGUCAGCAGGGAGGACGCGACAGUCUAGCUGUAGAAGCGAACCGCCAACUCGGUCCCGGAUGGAACGGACCAUCGUUCAAGCUGCUGAAUAGCGGUGGAGGGAAGGAGUACCUGCAGAAUCCGAGUUAA